AUGAAAAUUAACAUUGUUAUUCUGAGUUUGAUAGCCUUGCUCUUGAUUUCUUCAACCUUAUUAGUGGAAGCGAGAAGUGGGAUUAAUGAAGAAGAGAAGAGAAGAAGCCGCGGCGGCGUAGGAAGAAGUAGAAGAAGCAGUGGUGGGAGAAGAUCAAGAGGAAGGUCUUCGUCAUCUUCGCGUAAUUGUGAUCCUUUAUUUUCAUACCUCUUUGGAAGUUGUGGUCAAUGGCCUUUCCCUCGUAAUUCACAAAACAACCCAUUUACGCAACCAAUGUCCCCUUCACCUUCACCUCGCCGCCCAGCUACGCCGUUCCGUCCUCCGAUUUUGCCGUCUCCUCCCCCAGCUGUUAUACGGCCACCAGUUAUCCCGUCUCCACCACCUCUCAUUCCUUCACCUCCAUUAGUAACACCAUCUCCGCCUCCACUCGUGACCCCGUCACCUCCACCGGUCGUAGCGCCAUCACCACCACCCGUAGUCGCUUCUCCGCCACCAGCUUCACCACCACCGGUCUUCCCACCUCCUCCGUUAGUUCCAUAUCCGCCACCACCUUCUCCUCCACCACCAAUUCCACCACCACCUUUAGUACCUUCCCCACCUCCACCAGAAUCUCCACCAUUCUUUGUCUUCCCACCACCCCUUGUUGCUUCGCCACCUCCACCGGCGGAACCUGUCUUCCCUUGGUUGUCUCCUCCUGACCCAGACGACACUCCCAAUUUUCCGCUAUUUUCUCCCCCGCCGUUGGUACCCGAUUUUCCCUUCCCAACACCUCAAACACCAGAUUUUCCACCAGAAACUCCACUUGUGCCAAUAUUUUCUCCACCACAACAAGAUUUCCCCCCACCUACACCACUUUUCCCCAUAUUUUCUCCCCCUCCAAUUUUCACUCUUCCACCGCCGGAACAAAAUUUACCUCCAGCUACACCGCUUGUCCCUAUUUUUCCGCCAGCAGAUGACCAGCCAGUACUUCCCGAUCAACCACCAAACAGUUUUCUGCCGUCUCCACUGAUUCCUGAACAACCACCAACCAAUUUUCUGCCAUCACCGGUGUUUCCUGAUCAACCACCAAACAACUUUCUGCCGUCACCGGUGUUUCCUGAUCAACCACCAAACAACUUUCUGCCGUCACCGGUGUUUCCUGAUCAACCACCAAACAACUUUCUGCCGUCACCGGUGUUUCCUGAUCAACCACCAAACAACUUUCUGCCGUCACCGGUGUUUCCUGAUCAACCACCAAACAACUUUCUGCCGUCACCGGUGUUUCCUGAUCAACCACCAAACAACUUUCUGCCGUCACCGGUGUUUCCUGAUCAACCACCAAACAACUUUCUGCCGUCACCGGUGUUUCCUGAUCAACCACCAACCAAUUUCAUGCCGUCACCGGUGUUUCCUGAUCAACCACCGGUCAAUUUCCUACCGUCACCGGUAAUUCCUGAACAACCGCCAGAAACAUUUCUUCUGUCACCGUUAGUUCCCGAUCAAGCUCCGCCAGUUACAGUAAUUCCGCCAUUUGAGCUUCCGCCUCAGCCGGACUCGCCACCAUUCGCCUAA